AUGGCAAGUAAAUUUGAGGCUGAUGUAGAAACUAUUUCAUCCAACAUCCUACCCCAUCUCAGGACCAUUGAUGUCAACCUGGAAACCAAAACAACUCUUUGUAUGUCGCUCUCCAGUGUCUGCCUUAUGGCUUUUCAAGCCAAAUUGCCAGUCAUGGAUGUAGCCGAGACCCUUAAGCCAAGACCGCGUCACUUGAAGACCACCACUGUGAGAAAGAUGCCAUACAAGAAUGAUCAAAGGCUCAGACUUGGCAAUGAGGUUAUGGAUCCAAUCAACAUUGAAUCAUUAGAUGCUGGAGAAUGGGUAGAUGACAAGGUCAUCAAUGCCUACCUUGGCCUUAUAAAGGCAGAAGUGAAUCUCACCAGUAACCAUUUGUUUGUCCUGCCCUCGUAUACAGCAGUAUUGUGGGAAAAUGGGACCCUGAACCACUGGAUGUUUGAAAAGGAACACUUCUCCAACUACAAGCUUCUGCUGAUGCCUAUCAACAGCCAUGGCAAUCACUGGAUCCUUCUUGUGGCAAAACCCAAGGAAAAGACAGUGUCAAUCUUAGAUUCAUUACACCACCAAAACUUUAAGUGGCUGAAUCUCUGGGGCCAAUUCUUUGAUCUAAGAAACAAAGCUGCCAAUGUUAAGGAGCAACUUGGUCCUUGGACAUACAGUCCCAUGCAGAGUAACAAGCAAAAGGACAGCAACUCUUGCGGAGUAUUCACAUUAAUGAAUGCUGAAGCCAUUGCUCUUGGGGUUCCCCAUGAAAUAAUGCGGCAGGUUCACUGUCAAGAAUACAGGAAUUAUCUCAGGGAACGGAUUCUGCAACACAGCAAAGAAGCAGACGACACUAUGUGUGAUAUGCCCAAUUGCAGCGUUUCAUCAGGAACACAGCGAUGGGUACAAUGUUCUGUGUGUGGCAGGUGGUACCACCUGAAGUGCUGUGGUCUGCCAGUAAGGGCAGCCCUUGAAGAGCAAUAUGUACAUGUAUGUAUGGGUUGCACAGCAAAGUUCUCAUAGCAGUACCAUUCAUUGAAAAACAAGUGCCUCUACAUGAAAAAAAAACAAAAAAAAAAGUUAUAAAAUGGACAUGUAAUGCGGGCAACAAAGAGUUGGGUGGCGCCAAUGACACCCCUGCCAUCGAGCAGAUAAUACAGUUUCACAUCUGUGCAGC